AUGUUUGGCCAAUCUAUUCUUCUUGCGGCCGUCUGCCAAUUUUUGACUCUCACAGCUGCCCUCCAGGAAGAGUUCGAUUCGCUUUCCCCACGUCCCAGUAUCGCGAUAACUCCUCAAGGCGCGUUCAAGCCCUUUCCAUUCUCCCCUGCAAGGCACAAGACUUGCCAUGUCAAAUCCCACGGAGAUGGGACUGAUGACUCCAAGUACAUCCUUCGUGCAUUCCGCAAAUGCAGCCCGGGUGGUCGUGUUGUUUUCGACAAGGGUAAGGUGUAUACCAUUGGCAAGGCGAUGGAUAUCAGAUUUCUAAAGCGGGUCGACGUUGAUAUCCAAGGCAAAAUCGUCAUGACCAAUGAUAUCGAUUAUUGGCUGGCCAAUUCCUUCAAGUACGCCUUCCAGGACAGCUCAAGCUUUGUUCAAAUCGGAGGCACUGAUAUCAACAUCUACGGCGGCGGGGAAAUCGACGGCAACGGUCAGGCCUGGUGGGACGCCAGGAUGAACAACAAGACUAUCCAGCGUCCUAUCCUUGUCACGUACAUGGACUUACAUGGCGGAUCUGUGUCCAAUAUCACCCUCCGCAACUCGCCGAACUGGUUUCAGUUGGUGUUUAACUCGAGCAAUAUCGUCUUUGACAGCAUGUAUCUUAACGCUUCAUCAAGCAAUAGCAAUCCUACAGCUAAUUCAGGUGAGGAUACCUAUCGGUCUGAUAACAUCGUGAUUCAAAACUCUCGCAUUUUCAACUCCGACGACUGUGUAUCAUUCAAGCCUAACAGUACGAAUAUCCUCGUGCAGAAUCUGUACUGCAAUGGGUCCCAUGGCAUCUCCGUCGGUUCUCUUGGCCAGUACGUCGGCCAGGUUGACAUCGUGGAGAAUAUUUUGGUCUAUAACACUUCCCUGAACAAUGCGUCGGAUGGCGCUCGUAUCAAAAUCUGGCCUGGAGCAAUUGGCAACUCCACCAACACUGGCGGCGGCAGUGGCUGGGUCAGGAACGUAACCUACGAUGGCAUGCACAACUAUAACAACGACUGGGCGAUUGAAAUGACCCAGUGCUACUUUGCGCCAAAUCAGACGGCGUGCAAUGAGCAUCCGGCUUCGCUCAUUGUCGAGGAUAUUCUGUUCAAGAAUUUUGACGGUACUACCAGUAAGAAGAGGGCGCCUUUUAUUGCUACCCUUGUCUGCUCAAGCCCAGAUGUAUGCAAGAAUAUCCGUGCUGAGAAUAUCAAUGUCCUCAGUCCUUCCGGCACCGACGAGGCCAUUUGCACUAAUAUGGAUCGAUCCCUUCUCGACCUGCACUGUACCAAGGGUUGA